UGAUGGCGGACGGUGGUUAGGGUUUUGUCGCCAUCCUAUGAGUUAGUUGAGCGCUCCAAGUCAUAGAUAUAUCUCAUUCAAUAGAUUAUAACUCAUUGAAAUACUUUCCUCACGCUUUAACUAUGAACCAGAAAUAAGAGUGAUUAUGAGUCAAGGAGCUUUUGGAUUUCGUCGACAAUCUGAAAUGGCAAAGAUGGCGGGGAACUUGCUCAUUUGCGGAAGAUAUUUGGAAGUUAAUUGACAGAAUCGUGAACUUUCGACCGCGUCAUUUCUCCAGACGAUCACGUGAUAGCCAGUCAAUGGAACAAAAUAAACUUGACAGUAGCUUAAGAGAAGCCACUAUCAAUGGCGGCACACAUCUCGUAAUGUCGCGGGAACAAAGUUUCAGAGGGUCUCGACCUCUUGUUACUUUUGGCCCCAAAGAUUGGGCCUCACAGAUAGUUAGAGGCAAAUUGGAAAUUUUGGAGGCAUGUCGGCAUCAUAUCCCAAAUCUUGGAUGCCUUUUGCUUGAAGGCUCUCUGUGUUCUGCAUCCUCUAAUGGAUUACAGUUUUUUCCUGGUCCAUUUGUCAAAAUCCAAUUAGUGGUGGCAUUAAGGAAUGACAAGCAAGAGCUGUUUGAUUGCUGACUGGUGACUGCUGGAAAUCAACAAUGCAAAGUUAAUGGAGGACGAAGUGUGAUUAAAGCAGAAGUGAAACCAGCUGGUUCCAUGUAUCUCGCAGAAACAUUGGCCAUUAACUGCAGUGGAGUUGAGCUGGGUUCCUUUGCUAGGAAUUUUGUAUUUCUCCUUCCAGCUAGCAUUCCUACUGAGUACCUCAUUUCACUUGAAUUCGGAGCAGUAACUGGGGAAUUGCUAGAUGACAUACAACUCCAAGUAUUGACCCAUUAUCAACAGACGAGUUUGUUUGACUUUUGUGAUGGCCAUUCCUUGUCAUCAGUGGAAUUACCAUGCCCUAAAAAGGAACUUGUUGGUAUUUUGGGAACUCCAGAAGCUCAGAAGAUUGUGUCAUAUUUUCAGGAAUUAGUGGAAAAUGGUGCAGGGAGAUGCUUCAGACGAGAUCAACUCCGUCUCUUCCAGACCAUAGAGGAGCUCAGUCAUUCAGAGGCUUUACUACAGGAUCUGCAUCUUGCUGUAAAGCUGGAGGAAAGUCUCAUGCUGUACCAGAUGGGAGAUUAUGAAAGAUGCAAGCAGUUGGGUGAGAGCAUCUGCCUUCGUGCUAACACCUACCACUCACCAAAUUACAAUUCUAUUGCUGGAAUGGCAAAGUGCACUAUCUCAAGUGCUUACAAGAUGGAAAGGAACUUUACUAAGGCGGAGGAACUUUUGGAUUCUUCUACUGAGCUCUUAGAGUCUGUUGUCCCUGGUGAAGAGACUGCAAUUAACAGAACCUGUCUUGCUGCUUUGUUGUCUGAGAAGGGCACUGUUGAAGGAAUCACUGAGCAAGAAAAAAAGAAACUCAAGAAAGCCUUGAAGGAUGCAAUGCUACACUACAGACACCAGCUCAACAAAACUCAAAGAAGGAAUGCUAAUAGUCCCAGAAGGGCUCUGAUUAGAAUGAUUCUAUUCUAUCUUCACUCCACUCGAGACCAAGCCACAAACUUGCAGAUAGCUGUGUCCAACAAAGUGUUAGACAAAGUGAAGGAGUUUGUUCAACAAUUCAACAGAGAGUUUCUUGUAAAUUGCUCCAUGAGGGACAAAGCAUUGUUUUGUAAUGCCUAUGGUGACUUACUGACCAGGAAAGGACAAUAUGAAGAAGCCAUCAGUUCAGUGUCUGAGGCUUUGAGAAUAGCAGAAGAUCUUCAGCUGCAGACAGAUAUAAAGGGAGCACGUGACCGACUUCAGCAACUCGAUCGGCUGCGUAUGGAGCGAGGGGAGGGUGGACGGGGGCCUCAUGACCAGGACGAGAGAAGAGUGGCGAGAUAUCAGGGCUUCGAAGAGCCAGGGUUUGAAGUCCUGGAGAGAUUUCUUGAGCAACUCACUCAGCGUGUGCAGAGAUGUAGACAGUACUAAGAAGUUGCAGAGGACACUGACAUUUUAACAUCUCCAUUCUAGAAACAAACCAUCAUGAACGAUCACCUGCCGUUUGUAGUGGGCUCCUGUCUGUAUUGUUACGAAAACUAGUUUUACUGAUAGGUGUACUGUGGUUAUUUGUGGGUUCAGCUUUUUUUCAUAAUGAAACAUUCCGUUGAAUUCCUGACGCCUUAACUGUCAUUACAGGGCUCAGCAAUGCAGUUCUGCACGGACAAAGCUUAGUAAUGUUGUCGCUAUUGCUCUCAAGUUUAGGCAUGUAAGUCAUGUCGCAGAUUGUCUCCACUCGUUGACUGCAUUGCACUUUCUCCCCUCCUAGGAAAACUUGCCAUAAUGUAUAAUACUCUCACGGCUGUAGAUAGCGGGUAUUACGUAAUGACGUAUACUGUAUACGCCUUCGAUCUUAGUAUAACUGAGUUAUGUAAAGGAGCAAAAAAUUUAUUGUCAGAGUUAAACUAGGUAAAUAGAUUUAACCUCACUCACUUUCACUAAGAAAUAUGAGUAUUCCGCUUUAUUUAGGUGAAUCGUAGCAUGUAUGGUGUUACCGUGACGUCAUAAUCUUCAUCGUAUUACAGUAUAUGAAACUUGAUUAGUAAACGAUCAGUUGAGAUGGUGAA